AAAUGACCUUGAAGAUUGUCUGCGGAUUAAUGUAUAAACAUGAUUACCUUGUUAAUGAACAAAAUAUAUUAAACCUGUUUCUUAAUUAAUUUGAUUAUUUUUCUUAAAAUUUUAUUUAUUCUAAAAUUGUAUCGAGAAGGGUCCGCAUUAAAAUGUCCGUUCAACAAUUAGACUUGGAAGAAAUGUAUAAAAAGAUUCCUGAAUUGAAAAGAAACGAAGUGAAAAUUUUGAAAAAUUGGGUAGAAAAACAACCGUAUCUACCAAAUAUCUCAGAAUUUCAAGUUGCGCUUUUUUUACAUAGCUGUUACUACAAACAAGAAGCGGCUAAAGCUGCUAUAGACGUUUAUUAUACAGUACGGACUUUAUGUCCAGAUAUUUUUCAAUGUAGAACUUGUAAUGACCCCGGAAUUCAAGUCGUAUUGGACCAUAGUGUUAUAGCGGCGACUCCGCUGCCGAAUGGAGACACUAUGAUCAUAGGUCGAUGUGGGGAAGCUGAAUAUUUCACGUUUGUAAAUCAAUUAAAAGUAUUCGAUGCAUUACUACAAUUAAAUUUACGUAAAAACGGACCUUUACCAGGACUUCAUAUUGUAGUUGAUUUGAAAAAUAUUACUUUCACUCAUUUUAUUAAACUUUCUUCUUCUGUUUUGAUUUUAAAAAAAUUUUUCUACCUAUUACAAGAAGGAUUGCCAGUUAGAAUAAAGUAUCUUCAUUUUGUUAACCUAGUUUCAUUUAUUGACAAGAUAUUAUCAUUAGGAAAACCGUUUUUGAAGAACGAAUUGAUUAAAUGCGUGAAAAUUCAUCAAAAAUUUGACAGUAUUUACGAGUAUAUUCCACGAGAAGCAUUUCCAAUUGAUUAUGGAGGCUCCGCUGAAUCUUUUGAGAAAUUACGACAAAACACUGCGUCGCUUAUCAAAGCUAACGAAAAGUUUUUGAACUCGGAAGACCUUCAAAGAGUAGAUGAAAGUAAAAGAUCAGGGAUACCUAAAAGUAUAAAUGAAAUAUUUGGAGUGGAAGGUAGUUUUAAGAAAUUGGAAUUCGACUAAUCAUUCAAAUUCAUUGUAUUGAUUUACAUUUUGUCUCUGUCAAUUGAUCAUUAAAAUUUUUAACAUA